AUGGUUACUUUUACAUUAUUUACAGUUUUUACAGUUACUCCUGCACAAAUACAAGAUUUCAGGAAAUGGAAAUACUUUUAUUACCAAUCCAAAAGCUAAUUUUGA